AUGAGCGCAUUGCAUGUAGGAAAACCUUCCUGCAGAAAAGGUGGCUCACUCACCAUCAGAGAGUGCACCCUGGAGAGAAGCUCCAUGAGUGCAGCACCUGUGGGAAAGUCUUCAGUCGCAAAUCCUCUAUCACCCAACAUCAGUGAUGCUUAUGAAAAUCAGGCUUCCGGGUACCGUGGAGGUGCUUCAGCCAGACAAGUAGUCCCCAGUGAGACUCAGCACGUGUUUGUUCAAGUCUUCAUGGUUGCUCCUUUCAAAUACCAGAUAAAACACCAGGUCGGCAUUUAUCAGGUUCCAGAAGUCCAUCUGGUUAUUGCUUGUGAUGUCAGCAGCUGUCUUGGCCUCAUUCUGUGGCUCUUUUCUGGACUGCUAUUUGCAACAGCUCCUCUACCACCAACGGCCGAUGCAUGGAGGCGCAGCAGCAGGGACGCCGCCGGGCGCCUCCCCUCCGAGGGAGCACCGCAGCCCGGGAAGCAUCCCACGUGGGUCAGGGGCGCGCCCUCCGCCGUCACCGUAGCGGGGACACGAAAGUCCCACGCCAGGCGGGGUUUGGCGCGUCCGCCGCCCACAGUCCGCACUGAGGGACGAGCGGCCCUUCGACAGCCACGGGCAGGGAUUCGCCAGCUGCCGAACGCUCCUCCAGGCCGGUCAGGCGCGCGCGGCGCCAAGAAACGCAGCCCCCGGCGCAGGAGGCCGCGCGGUCCUCUGGGAAGCGGCGUUGGGCGUGACGGCCGCCAGCCGCGCCCCGCGGAGGAUUCUGGGAGUGGUAGUCCGGCCUCACAGUUGGCCGGCGCUAGGCGUCGCAGCCGGCGGUUAGAUGCCUUUGUAGUCGGGCUCCGCUUGCCGGUGUGUGGCUGGAGGUCGAACCCAGGGGGGAGGAGGGCUGAGCGCAUCCCCUUUCAGUCUGAGUGCCCGGGAGGAGGGUGGCGGGAGGACCACCGGGUGGGGGCGCCGGGCCGCCAGCGCGUGCUGCGUUCCGGGCCUCUUGGGGAACGCGAGCGGCGGACCCCCGGCCCCUUCCCCCGCGGCGGUUGCCUCCAGCGCGGGCUGGAGGAAGGAGUCUCCAUGGAACCUGGGGGCAGAGGAUCACUUUUUGAGGACUCAGACCUUCUCCAUGCUGGAAACCCAAAAGAAAAUGACGUAACUGCUGUGCUGCUGACCCCUGGGUCCCAAGUAAUACGCAUUUCUGUUGCCUGGAGGCAAAGAGUGAGUCAGUGGACUACAAAUUCACCAGAGAAUGAACUGAUGAUCAGGGAUAUGGCCGAGGCUCUCACCCAGUGGAGGCAGCUGAACUCUCCCCAGGGAGAUGUGCCUGAGAAGCCCAGGAAUCUGGUCUUGCUGGGGCUUCCAAUUUCCACACCUGAUGUAAUCUCUCAGUUGGAGCAUGAGGAGGAACUGAAGAGAGAAGUUUCAAAAGCAGCCGCUCCAGACUGGGAAACAAUACCAGAAAGCAAGGAGCUCACUCCAGAAAAGGGUAUUUCUGAAGAAGAAUCGGCCCCUGGGGUGUUAAUUGUAAGAUUUUCAAAGGAAGGUUCUAGUGAACCUGAGGAUUCUUUAGAGAGUCAGCAGGAAAACCAUGAGAAACAUUUAAUACAAGACACUGUCACUCAGAAAUCUUCUAGGGAGAGAAGUUACCAAUUUGAUGAAUUUAGAAGAAGUUGCACUCGGAGGUCCUUACUCGUUCAGCAGCAGGGAGAGAGACUACAUCAUUGUGAGUCAUUUAAAAAUAACUUAAAACAAAAUUCAGAAAUAAUUAGGCAUGAGAGAAUUUGUGCAGGAAAGAAACCUUGGAAAUGCAGUGAGUGUGAGAAAGCCUUCAGUUACUACUCAGCUUUUGUCUUACAUCAGAGAAUUCACACCGGAGAAAAACCCUAUGAAUGUAAGGAGUGUGGGAAAGCCUUUAGCCAGAGCAUACACCUUACUCUGCACCAGAGAAUUCAUACUGGAGAGAAGCCCUACGAAUGCCAUGAGUGUGGGAAAGCCUUCAGUCACCGCUCAGCCCUUAUUCGGCAUCACAUCAUUCAUACUGGAGAAAAACCCUAUGAAUGCAACGAAUGCGGGAAGGCCUUUAACCAGAGUUCAUACCUCACUCAACAUCAGCGAAUUCAUACUGGAGAGAAACCUUAUGAGUGUAACGAAUGUGGGAAGGCCUUCAGCCAAAGCACAUUCCUUACCCAGCAUCAGGUCAUUCACACUGGAGAGAAACCCUAUAAGUGUAACGAAUGUGGCAAAGCCUUUAGUGAUCGGUCAGGUCUUAUUCAGCACCAGAGGACUCAUACUGGGGAGCGGCCUUACGAGUGUAACGAAUGUGGGAAAGCCUUUGGCUACUGCUCAGCCCUGACUCAGCACCAGAGAACUCACACUGGGGAGAAACCCUAUAAAUGCAACGAUUGUGCCAAAGCCUUCAGUGACCGCUCAGCCCUUAUUCGUCAUCAGAGAACACACACUGGAGAGAAACCUUACAAAUGUAAAGAUUGUGGAAAAGCAUUCAGCCAGAGCUCGUCUCUUACAAAGCAUCAGAAAACUCACACUGGAGAAAAGCCCUACAAGUGUAAGGAAUGUGGAAAAGCCUUCAGCCAGAGCUCAUCCGUCUCUCAACAUCAGAAGACUCAUGCUGGAGUGAAAACCAAGAAAUAUGUCCAAGCUUUUAGUGAGCGUUUAACCUUUGGCCAACACAAGAGAAUUCAUACUGGAUAAAGACCAUGUACAUGUGGUACAUUCAGAGCAUACUUACUGAGCAUUUACCGUGCUUGCCAUGGGGGUCUACAGAGAGAUUUAAGAUGGUGUUGCAAAAAAGUUAUUGAGAAGUCACUGCUGAUAUGGGUUGUAGCAUGAUUAGACUGAAAGUAUCGUUUUACAUUUUUAAAAGUGUUCUGGCAGAGGACGCUGAAUUUUCCUCAGGAAAGAGGGAAAUUAUUUGUAACACCCUAACGUGUAUGUAAAUUCCCAUAUCCCUGGGAGAGAAAUGGGGUAUGCUGUGGUGGAAAGGGGACAUCUUGACUGUGCUAGAUAUUUUCAUAAUACUAAGAAUAUAAGUUUUAAAGAGAUAAGUUACACUUUUAGGGAAGUUGCGUGGGUAGAAAUAAAAGAUUGAGAAUUCACAAUGAGUUUGUCCAGAGUCAGGAGUGGUGGUGGAAGGGGAGUUGUCCUUCAUUCUUAAGUUUAAAGAGCCAAAGGAAGUAGAGGGAAAGGAUAGAAAAAAAAAGCUCGGGGAAUGAACCCAAAAAAUGUUCAUUAUGUUAACUACUCAACUGAAUAUUCACAACUGUGAAAAAUAUUAGACUUAAUAGUUGUCCAGUUGAAAAGUUUCUGUGAGGGUAGCUUUACCCUGCAGCUAAGGACUGUUGGCUGACUGUUUCUGUGAGGGUAGCUUUAGGCUGCAGCUAAGGACUGUUGGCUGACUGUUUCUGUGAGGGUAGCUUUACCCUGCAGCUAAGGACUGUUGGCUGACUGUUUCUGUGAGGGUAGCUUUAGGCUGCAGCUAAGGACUGUUGGCUGACUGUUUCUGUGAGGGUAGCUUUAGGCUGCAGCUAAGGACUGUUGGCUGACUGUUUCUGUGAGGGUAGCUUUAGGCUGCAGCUAAGGACUGUUGGCUGACUGUUUCUGUGAGGGUAGCUUUAGGCUGCAGCUAAGGACUGUUGGCUGACUGUUUCUGUGAGGGUAGCUUUACCCUGCAGCUAAGGACUGUUGGCUGACUGUUUCUGUGAGGGUAGCUUUAGGCUGCAGCUAAGGACUGUUGGCUGACUGUUUCUGUGAGGGUAGCUUUACCCUGCAGCUAAGGACUGUUGGCUGCCGGGUAAUGCAGGGUGUUUGCUUCUGCACUUUUUGUCUUUUAGACCUUGCUUACUGAGACCUCGCCUACUAAAUCAUGUUAAUUUCCAAGGGUCAGGAGCCACAGCUUAGAAAAUUGAGUACAGAAGAGACCUUUGAUGUGUUCAAACUGUUUUAAGGUAUCUGAGUUACCUGAGAAUGUGCUUAUUUAUAAAGAUUUACCUCAGUUGUAUCUAGUUUGUACCUUAGAUUUUUUAUAGCUUAUAGUAAAGUUUAGUUGUAGAUUUGCACUGACACUGCAUAUUAGAUUAUGAAAAGCUUGAAAAGACUUUGAAAUACCUUUUACCAUUUUACUCUUGGGUAGAGGCAGGUGGCGUCUUUUUAUAUUUUUUUUUCAUUGAAACUUUGAAGAUUAUUGGACACAUUAUUUUGAGUGCAGAGUUUUUAAUUUUAGGAAGCUGUACUAUGAUGUAUCUUGGUGUGAAUUUCUUUUAGUUUACCCUAUUGGGUUUGCUUAGCUUCUUCAAUGUGUAGGUUUAUGUCUUUUGCCAAAUUUGGUAGAUUUUCAGCCCUCAUCUCUUUAAAUACAUUUUAGCCCCCACCUUCUACUCCUUUUCUCCUGGGACUCUAAUGAAAGAAAUAGGAGCUCUUUGGUUGUCAUCUCACAAGUUCCUGAGGCUCUGUUCAUUUUUUCUUGACGAUUUUUGUCUGAAUCUGCUCAAUCUGCCAUAACAAGACAGCAUAGACUGACCGGGUGACUCAAAAAAAUACAUAAUUCUAACAGUUCUGAAGGCUGGGAAGUCCAAGAUCAAGGUGCCUGCUGACUCUGCCUCUAAUGAGGACUUUCUUCCUGGCUUACAGAUGGCUGCCUUCUCGCUGUGUCUUCUCAUACCCGUAGUGCAUGCAGAUGGGCCAGUUGGGAGAGGGAGAGAGAAAUAGCUCCCUCUUCUUAUCAGUCCACCAGUUCUAGCAGAUUAGGACUCUGCCCUUCUUACCUCAUUUAACCCUAAUUACCCCCCUGAAAACGCUGUCUCCAAAUAAAUUCACAUUGGGGAUUAGGACUUCAACAUAAUUUUGGGGAAGAGGGGAUACGUUUAGUCCAUAACGUUCCACCCCAGGCCCCCACCGAAUUUAUGUCCUUGCGUGCAGAAUACAUUUAUUCCACUCCAACAGCCCCAAAAGCCCUAACUCAUUCUAGCAUUAGCUCUAAAGUCCAGACCUUCAAGUAAAUAUCACCUAAAUCAGAUACGGGUAAGACUCAAGGUACAAUUCAUCCUGAGGCACAGUGACUCCCCAGCUGUGAACCUGUGAAACCAAACAAGUUAUGUGCUUCCAAAAUACAUUUGUGAUCUGGACAUAAUGUAGGCAUUCCCAUUCCACAGAGGGAGAAAUAGGAAAGUAGGAGGAGGGAUGUGUCCUGAGCAAGUCCAAAACUUAGCAAGGCAAAUUCCAUUAGGUCUUGUGUUUCGUCGGAUCUUGUGAGAAUAAUCCUCUUUUGCUCAGUGCCUCCCGGACCCACUGGGGUAGAGGUCCUGUCUCUGGUACUGCCAGGUAGCCCCUCGCCUAAGCCUCUGUAGGGCAAUUCUGCCCCUAAGGCUUCAGUUGGAGGCUUUCUGUUCUGUUGAAACCAGGGUGAUGGUUCCACCCUUUGAAACAGGAGGCAUCCCCAAUGGUCUCUGAAUUGUUUUCAGGGUCAUUCUCUUUUCUUGAAGGAUAACACAUACUCAUAGACAAAUCGCUCUCUGGUUCUGUAGGAUCUAAGAAGUCCUAAAGCCUGCCUUCAUUUUAUUUUGUUGUAUUUCUGUCCCCUUUAGUGCCAGGUGGCUGUGUUUCUGCUGUUAUAAUCCCAUUUAUAUUCCUGGCUUCUCCUGGGGCUGCUAAACCCAUUUGAUCUAUUUAUCAAAUGGUUGAAAUAGUUUUUAAGCCACACGCUUAGUGUUUUCUUCAUAGCACAUUUUCUCAUAUUUUUGUGAUACGAAUGGAAUUUUCAUAUUUCUUUAAUUGUGCUUCCUUGUUUCUUAACAGUUCCUUCUUCACUUAAUCUCUCUCCUCUCACAUUUUACUACAAGCACUAAGGGGACCCAAGCUGCACCUUCAGUACUUUGCUUAGAAAUCUGCUAAAUAAACAGUUUCAUCACUCUCAAGUUCUGCCUUUCAGAAAACACUAGAACAGUUCAGAGAAGUUCUUUGCCACUUUAUAACAAGAGCCACCUUUUUUUUUUUUUUCCAGUUCUAAUAAUAUGUGCCUCAUUGCCAUCGGAGGCCUUGCCAGAGUGGCCUUUAAUAUCCGCAUCUCUAGCAUGUACCUCAAAACUCUUGGUCUCUACCCAUCACCCUGUCCAAAGCUGCCUCCACAUUUUGAGGCAUAUGUUACAGCAGCAUCCGCCUCUGGGUACCAGAAUCUCAAUCUGCUUGGUCGGCCAUAACAAACAUCCAUAGACUGGGCGGCUCAAAGCACAGAAAUUUAUUUCUCAAAGUUCUGGAGGCUGUAAGUCUAAAAUCAGGGUCCAACCGCGUUCAGUUCCUGGCUUGUAGAUGGUUGUACUCUCACUGUGUUCUCACAUGACCUGUUCUCAGUGCAUAGGUGUGGAGAGAAGUUGGAUUGGGACCCCACCUUUAAGGUCUCUUUUAACCUUAAUUACUUCCUCAGAACCUAUCUCCAAAUAUAGUCACAUUGAGGGUUAGGGUGUCCACAUAAUGAAUUGGGGUGGGGGGACAUAGUUCAUCACAGUUUUCUCUCUUCAGAUUGAGUAUUUUCUGUUCUGUCUUCCAGUUCACUAGAUCUUCCCUCUGUCCUUUUGGUUCUGCUGUUGAGACCAUCCUUGAAUUUUAUUUCAGUUAUUGUAUUUUUUAGUUGCACAUGAUUCUUUGUUUCCUUGCUGAGAGCCUUUCUUUGCUUAUUUUGUUUGCAUUAAGCAUGUUUGUAAUUACUCAUUGAGGCAUUUUUGUGAUGGCUGCUCUCAAAUCCUUGCAGGCUAUCCUAACAUCUGUGUCAUCUCAGUAUUGACAUCUUUGGGUUAUCUUCUCAUUUAAGUUGAGAUUUUCUUGGUUCUUGGCGUGAGGAGUGAUUUUCAGUUGAAGUCUGGACAUCUGGAGUCUUUUGGUAUGAGACUUGGUAUCCUGUUGAAGUCUUCUGUAUUGACAGGCCUCCUCAGAUACCACUGUGGUGGAGAAAGUGUUGCGGAGGUGCUGCCUCAUUACUUUAAGUUGGUGUUGGAAGUCCAGGUUCACCAUUGGCCUCUAAUGACUCCUGGGCAGGGGUCCUCACUACUGCUGGGCAAGGGUGGGAUUUACAGCUCCCCACUAGGCCUCCGCUGACACCACACUGGCCAGGGAAGAUCAGGAAUGCUUUGUUACUGCUAUUUACAUGGCCUCGAUUGACAGCAUGGUGUGGGGUUGAGGGUGACAUCAUUACUGUUGGGAAUUGGUGUAAGUCUUGACCCCCCACUUGGCUUCCACUGAGACCACACCAGUAAGAAAGAAGAGAGAUGGCUCUGAGUAGGGGGGACACUGCCAGGGUGAUGUGUGGGGAGGGGUGGGUUUUAGAAAUCUAUCUGCCCACUUGGUCUUCUCUGAUACCACCCCAGGCUAAAGGUGGAGGACUGAGAGCCUUGUUACAGCCUGGUGAGGGCGGAAGUAUAGGCCUUUGUUGGUGGGGAUAGGACCAUAGCUUGCUUCUGUGGUCUUUUAAGUAGGAUUGUGGUUUCCUAAACAUUUUCUGUCUUGCUAGGCUACUGCCUUUCCAGUCCUUUGGCUAGAAAAAGCAGAUUUUUCUUGGGCCUUUUUUUUUUUUUUUUUUUUGGUCUGUGCCUGUGCCUGUUGGCAUUUCUGGGUUGUCAGCUUCUCUAGAACCCAAUCUGGGAUAGAUGAGGCAACGAGAAAACCCAAGAACGUCACUGCUGUGUUCUUCCUCAGGUUCUGAGGUCCCUAGCCAGUCCAUUCUCUCUCCACCUUCUAGAACUUUCUUAUGUUUGCUUUGUAUAUAAUAUCCCAGAUUUUUAGUCGUACUUAGUGAGAGCAGUAGGAGAAAGUAGUGCUCCACCUUUCCCAUGACAUCUUUGUGCUUGACACUGAAAUCACACAUCAAGUUGUGGUAUAUAUAGGGUUUGUGGUGUAUACAGGUCAUUUGUAACCAGUUAGGAAUAGGUACUAAAAGAAAUGCUCACUGGAUUCCUGAAGAUAAGCUGCCAAUUUGAUAGGUAGAAACUAUCAGCCUGCUUCAUCUAGCUUUGAAGGAACAAUAGUUUAUAAAUUGAGGAAACACUAGUAUUUAAUUGUAGGUUAUAAACUUGAGAAGGAUAGAUAUGACUAAGAAUAUAAACUGUAGGGUUAAAUUUUUUGUAUUUGUAUUUUUGUUUGAAAAGCAUAUGAGAAGCACUGGAGAACUGGACUCAGAAUUUCAGAUUUUUUUCCAGUUGUAUAUUAUCUACAUGUGGCUAUCUGUUCACUUUAAUUUGCCAUGUGACAUAUGAGAUCAUAGAGAAUCAACAAAAUAAAGAACGAAAAUAACUGAGAUUUGGGACAAGUCACCUUCAUCCUUUGAUAUCUAUCUCCUCAUAGAUAAAUGUUUUAAAAUUUAAUGCCUACUUGAGAAUGAUUAGAGUUAGGUAGAAAAGGGAUGCAAAUGUGGUUUGUAAGCGAUCAGGUGCUACAUAACUAUUAGGUAUUAAUGAUACAGUCAUUUAGAAGACAUAUCCAUCAUGUAUGCUUCACAGUGGUGGCCCAAUAAAAACAACUGUGAAUAUAAUGGAAUGAGACUUUUUAUCUUUUUAAAUAAGUUUUCUGGGAUCCUGUUAAAAUAUGCAUCUUUUGAGAUAACCAUGUGGUUCCUUUUCAUCUAUUAAUGUGGUAAAGUACAUUGAUUUUCUGAUGUGAAAGAAUCCUUGCAUUCCUGGGAUGCAAGUUCAUGAUUUUUUUUCUCUCUCUCUGGGGGAGUUUGUGUCCCUUGAAUUUUAGUUGCAUUCAUCUGUUAAACUGGGGUUAUUGUGUUUGUAGUGUGUGGUUUGGUUGGUUUUAGGGGCUAUUUAGAUUUACUAUUUCUUCUAGAAAGUUGUAGGUUUUUCUAAAAAUGUAUCCUUUUUGGUCAUUGAGUUGUUUAAAAUGGUUUUAUUUUCAAGUGCUUGUUCUAUCUGAACUUAUGUCCCUUUUUUCUUUCCUGAUAUCGCUUAUUUGUAUCCUCUAUUGGUAAUGUUUCUAGAGAUGUGUCAACUUUACUAGUCUUUUAAAAUAACUGACUUUUUGAACUUUUGCAAAAAUCAACUUUUAUCAAAGUACACAAUAAAAUUCACCCACUUAAAGGUGUUUGCCAUGUUUGACGAAGAUAUUACCCUUGUAACUACCACCGUAAUUGUGUGUGUGGUUUUAAUAGUUCCUCCUUCUUCUCCCUCCCUCUCUCCUCCUCCUCCUCCCCAUCUUCCUCCUCCUUUCACCCCUUUCUCUUUCUCCUUUCUUCCUUUCUUCCUUCCACAGUUCUGUCUUAAAACGCCCUAUGUAGACUUGUGUAACCAUCACCACAAAGGGUACAGAACAAUUCCACUGCACCAACAAAUUCCCCUUGUGCUGCUUUUUUUAAAGAGUGGCUCCCCACCCUGCAUUGAGUAUAAAGGCUUUGAUUUGCAUCAGUGUUGUGUCAUUUACUAAUUUUUAUUGCUGAGUAGUUUUCCACGUUAGGUACCACAGUAUUCUUAGCCAUUAACCCACUGAAGCACAUUUAGGUUGUUUAUAAUUUUUGGUAAUUAUGAAUAAAACUAUUACAAACAUUAGGUUUUUGUAUGAACAUAAAUUUUCAUAUCUGUAGGGUAAAUAUUGGAGUGAAAUGGUUAGAUCAUAUGGUGAGUAUAUAUUUACCUUUGUAACACAGGGCCAACCUUUUCCAGAAUGAUUGGUUGAAUUUGUUUUCCCACCAGCAAUGUAUGAAGAUGUGGUUGCUCCAUAAUUUGCCAACACCUGGUAUUCUCAUUGUUUUUAUUUUAUCCAUUCUAGUAGAUGUGUAGUGGUAUCUCAUUGUGGCUUCAGUUUGCAUUUCCUUAAUGACUAAUGAUGUUGAGCAUCUUUUCAUGUGCUUUUGUCCAUCUGUGUACCUUUGAUGAAGUUUUCAAAUCUUUUGCCAUUUUAAAAUAAUUCUAUUGUUUGUUUUCCUAGUUUAUUUUUGUAGUUUGUGGCUUGUCUUUUUAUUCUCCUUUAUUCAAUUUUUAUUUCAGUGUCUUUUAUAAAGCAAAGGUUUUAAAUUUUAAUGAAGUCCAGUUUUUCCUUUUAUGGACCAUACUUUGGUGUCAUAUUUAAGAACCCAUCCGGAACUAAUAUUUAGGAAAUUUUUCUUCUACUAGCUUAUUGGUAAUGUUUUUCAUAUUGUGACAAUUUUCAUAUUUUUAUAUAAUGUGUUAAAUAAAGGCCUAGGCUCAUUGUUUUUACAUGUGGUUAUCCAAUUGUUUCAGCAUCAUUUGUGGAAAACAUUGUUUCUCCAUUGAAUUGCCUUUGCCCUUUUGUCAACAAUUGAUUGCUCCUGUUUAAGUGGCUCUGUUUCUCAGUUUUCUAUUCUAUUCCAUUGAUCUAUGUGUCCGUCCCUUUGCCAAAACCACACGUUAUCUUGAUUACUAUAGCUUUGUAGUAAAUCUCAAAAUCAGGUAAUGUAAGCCCUUCAAAUUUAUUCUUUUUCUAAUUUAUAUGCUUCCACUGUCAUAUAUUUGUCUAUAUGUUAUGUCAAGUUUUACUUUAUGUAUUUUGACACUCGGUGGUUAUCUGAAUACAAGUUAAGAAUUGUCAAA